AUGCGCGAAGUCAACUUUAGCAUCCCCAACGCCAACAAGGCCUCAGUGGGCAUCACCACCGCCCUCUACGACCGCCGCGCCCUCGACUGCACAUCGACCCUCCCGCUCAUCAACUCGCUCAACCACCUCGCCUACCUCACCACAUCCUCGGCACGCAUACGGGACAUUCUCACUGUCGAUGGCGGCAUCGAACGUCUGAUAUGCAUCCUCAAAGAGGGCCGGAGCAAGGACAUGAUGGACAUGUGGAAAUGGAACCUUGCUUUCCAAUGCAUCUUUAACAUUGGUGUACGUGGUUCUGAGAACGUCAGGACACGUGUGGUCGAAGCCGAUAUGGUGCCCGUCAUCGCAUCCAUUCUCGACAACUACAUCAAGGUCGUCGAUAAGAUGAGGGCAAGAGCUGAGGCCGAAAUCCACAAGUCUGCACGUCUGGGUGCAUCGAGCCGACACCACUCGUCGCGCACUGGAGAGGUUGCAUCAAGCUCCGGACACAGAGCUGAUCGAACACGGCGCGUCAUACCCCCUCCGAUUGAGAUACCCCAGCCAACCCAGCCCUUGGGCGAGGCGACGCCCAUUCCUGCAUUCUCACUGAGCUCCCCUCCCGAACGGACGACAUUUACACGCGGUCGACCUGCCCACCACCAUCACCACCGUAGCCACGAAGGCCGCGCACAGCUCUUUGGCGCCCCCGGCAACAAUCCUCGUAGUCUUGGCCAGCCAUUGGUCACGGCAUUACCUUCCAUAGAACCAGCUCCCGAUGCUUUUGCGCUACGGCCGGUGCGAGAUGCCGAUCGACUGCCUUCCAUGCUCCCCGCCCUGCAAGGGGAGAUCACUUCUCAGCCAGAGUCACCGACAACCCCGAGUGCCCCACAGGCACGCCAGACGAGCCCAAGAGCGGGGCUAGCCCGAACACGCCGCCGCCCAUCCAUCCGACACCAGUUGUCUGUAUCUGGAGAGUCGGAUCUUGAGGCACAACAAGAUGACAUGUCUGCAGAGGCUGCAACAGCGGCUGGUCCGUCUGUAAACGAGCCAAUCGUCGGUAUUCAGAACAAUGAAAUCAACAUGGCCGACAUUGUUGACAACGCAGAGAUGCUGGAUGCUGGCAACACACCAGUUCCUAUUGCUGCCCCCUCGGAAGGCACAGAUGAGAACAACGAGACGUUCAACAUCACUCACCGUCCAGCACUCGAUGGCAGUCUAAUCAAUCCCACCAACACACCACCGAACAACCCCAUUACUGGUUUCUCUCCUAUGCCGCCGACUAUCAACGUUGUAAACACCAACCCACCACCUCCUUGGCUACCACGAUACCAGCAAGAACGUAAUGCAUCAGCUAGCGUGCUUGCAGCCAUGCCCCGUGACGAGGACGUACUCAUGUCCCUGCAACUGCUUGCUUACGUAUCGAAGUACUGCAACCUCCGGACCUACUUCCAAAAAUCGCAUCUGGUACCUAAGCUGAAGAUUGGCACCGAGCUACUCGAUGGGGAAGCAUCGACACCCAAAGCAGCAGAGGAAGAAGAAGAAGAGCUAGAAGAAUACGAACUUCCCGACGACUUCAACAUCUUCCCUCUGGUUGAGCAAUUUACCGUACGACACCACACAUCCGACAUGCAGUACUGGGCAAGCGUUGUUAUGCGCAACCUAUGCCGGAAAGAUGAUUCCCGAGGCGGCAUCCGACAAUGCGCAUACUACCAGUGCGGCCGGUGGGAGGAAUACACGCGUCAGUUUGCCAAGUGCCGCCGCUGUCGGCGGACCAAGUACUGCAGUAAAGAAUGCCAGAAGAGCGCCUGGGUUUUCCACCGCCACUGGUGCGUUGCUGCGUCGUAA